AAAUCAAUAAACUGGCGGCCUAUUCGCCAGCCCCGACUCCUAAGCAACAAUAGCACCGACACUACCACCACCACCUAUGUUCCCAACAGCACCACAGUAACCGCUGCCACUUCACAGCAUUCCGACACACCGAAGCAGAACCUGCGCGGCCUCAACAAGUGCUCCGAGUGCGGCAACGUUGUUCGUUCAAGGUGCCCAUACCAGUCAUGCAAGGGCUGCUGUGUGAAAGCUCAAAACCCACGCCAUAUACACGAUAAAACACCAUCCUCAAGCGCUACUAUGUUCAACCAGCAGUCUACCGAGGCAUCUCCCACAAGCGCAUUGCCGAUGGAACAGAAGUCUACUUGUUUCAUUUUGCGUUUACAGCUCUGGACUAGGUUUCAGGGCUUCACUAAGAGCCUGUUCGCUUCGUCAACUUUCCAGCACCUUUCGAAAUUCAAUGGGGCCCAAGUUCCACUCUGUUCAAGGCGGCCGCUGACUAGAAGGGUGCACAUAUUUAGCUUAGAUGCUGCAGCUAUAAACCAGUGGAGGUUUUCCACGCAGAAGGAGUACAAGGAGCGGAACAUUGAAGCUGAAAAUGAAGCUUUUGAUAGAUACAUGAACAAUGUUGGAUUAGUGGAGGAAGUCUUCUUUUUAAGUUUUUCACUGGAAGAACCGGCUGCAGAUAUGUUGUUUUCAUUAGAACCAAUCUUGAGUUUUGGGGAAGACAACCACCAAAGAAUGAUCUAAGGGUAAAAAAUGAGGUUAAAUUCAAAUCAAUGGAGAAUAGAUACUUUCAGAGAGAAAAUUGGAGAACUUGUUGAUGGGGGAUUAAAGAAGUUGCUGAAGUUGGAGUGCAGUUAUGAGGGUCUAGAAGCCAGUGUUGAUAACCUGGAUGUGCAGAGUGUAGGAGGCCAAAUAGAACAAAAGAAUGUCAGGCAGAAAAGUCUUCAAAAGUAAAUGAUUUCAUUGAUAAAUUGAACAAAAGCUCGAAAUGAGGAAGAUCUGAAAUCCUGUUUGGUAUGAAGUCAAAGUUGUUUAAUCAGCUUGAGAAAACCAAUUCUACACAGGAAUGAGGUUGAGAUAUCUAAGGAAAAGAAUGACGAAGAUAUUACUGCACCCAAACAAGUAUCAGAUUAUUCUGUACUUAGUAGGGUUGACAUUAAUUUUUCUUCCCUUGAUAUUGAGGGGAUCCAAUUGUACAACCCUGAAGUUUAAUUGGGAGGGGCAGAGGUAGUCUUGGAAUAUCUAUAUCCAACUGAAGGUUGAAUUUGAGCUUUAAUUGGUCCAUGAAGAGGAUCAUAAGUUUUGAAGGUUAUCCAGUGUAUUAUGUUCUACAGAAUCUCAGUUUUGAAAAUGAAAUGCCCAAGGCGAGUUAUUCGUGUAAAAUCAUCUUCUAAUUGCUAUUUCUGCAAAGAUGUUUAGUGUUUUCAUCCAAAUUCCAAGUGUAAAUUCUUCCUCUUGUACAUCGACUGUAUGACCCUUUGCUUCAAUGCUUUCUGCUAGUAUUUUUUUUUUUUUUUUUUUAAUGUACAGCUUUCUGCUAGUAUUUACUAACUUUGCUUCAUAUAUUCUUCCUCUUGUACAUAAAUUGGAUGACCAUUUGCUUCAGGUUUUUAUUUAUUUAUUUAUUUUUUUAUGUACA